AUGCAUUCACACCCAGACACCCGCUACACUGUGGGGUACAUCUUCAGCUGCCAACUUUGUUUCCUCAUCAUGACACUCGACGUCGAAUUCGAUCUAGGGAUCAAAAAGAUUGGAGACAACAAGUGGGUAGGUAACAAACCCUUGGAGAAGCCGAAUCCAUUAUCUAGAGGUGCCUAUGGUGGAAAUAUAGCCGGCCAGGCACUUUUGGUUGCAAUAAAACUGGCUCCCGAGGGCUUUACUCCUCACUCUUUACACUCAUUAUUCACGAAAGCAGUCGAUGACACGACACCGGUGGUGUGGGAAACCGAUGAGAUCCACAAUGGCAAAAGUUUUUGCAGUAGAACUGUCAAGGCAUUGCAAGAUGGUACCAUCAAGUACCUUGCCAAUGUGCUGUUGACCAAACGCAAUUCGUUUAACGAAGCCAAGAAUUUGUAUGACGAGUGGGCCCGCAACCAUAAAGAAGGAGACGAAGACGACGAUCCACCUUCUCUGAAACCGUUUCGGUUUUUUGUACCCUAUCCGGAAUGGCUCAAGAAUCACUCACCGGAACUGUUAGAAGUGCUGGAUUUUGGCUGCAAUAAUGCCGUGUGCAAGAUUUCUCCGGAAUUCGUCAGCUUAGAUUUGACCAAAGACGAGGAUCAGGCCCGUUCCAGCGACAGAAGACAGGCAUGUUACUUGCAAUGGGGUAACGAUGGAGAGGUGAAAUUUACCGAUCCAGCGUUCCAAUUUGUCGGAUUGGGCAUUUUACUGGACUCGAUCUUCCUCACCAGAAUUGCACGGGUUCUACGGAUUCCUCACUUGGAUCAUUCCCAAAGACUCCAGUAUGUUUCUCUCUCUCUUGACCAUGUCAUAUAUUUCCACGAUGCAGACUUUGACUCCACAAAAUGGAUGGGAUUCGCGUUCAAAGCCACUCGGAUUGCCAACGGCAGGGUGUUGCUCGAGGGAGAAUUGUAUAACCUGGAUGGAAGACAAGUGGCUACGGUCUUCCAAGAGGGCUUGGUGUACUUCAAUGGAUUUGAAGAAGGUGCCAAGUUGUGA